UUUGUCUUUUGGGGCCACGGAAAGGACGGCUGUGAUGGAGUGGUCUUCUGAUCAUCACGACUUGCUCUUCUGUCGCUCCCUAUUUCUUCCCUCCUCCCUCCAACUCCAUUCCCAUCAGACUAUAUCUCUCUCUCUCUCUCUCUCUCUCGCAUGGCGACCGCAGCCCAAGUUGACGAACAGGAAUUGCCGCCACCGCGGUCGUCUUCGUCGUCCGAGGUGAUGGAGCAGCAGAGAGGAAAUGUAAGAGAGCCUCUUUUGGAGCACUCUCCCAUCGAUCUCCGACGCCAGGCGGCCAACACCACCUCCCAAGUCGCCAUCGUCGGCUCCAACCUAUGCCCCAUCGAGAGCCUCGACUACGAGUUGAUCGAGAACGACGUCCUCAACCAGGAUUGGAGGAGCCGAGGCCGGGCGGCCAUAUUGCAGUAUGUGUUCCUCAAGUGGACUUUCUGCCUCUUCAUCGGCAUCCUCGCCGGCGCUGUUGGCUUCUUCAACAACCUUGCAGUGGAGAACAUCGCGGGUCGCAAGUUUGUCACCGUCUCCAAAUUCAUGCUCGCCAAUAAGUACUGGACUGCUUUCUGGGUGUUUGCCGGUUCAAAUUUGGCCCUUUUGACGUUUGCGACGGCGAUCACGGCUUUUGUUUCGACUGCCGCGGGCGGGUCGGGAAUACCGGAGGUGAAGGCUUAUCUGAAUGGCGUUGACGCUCCUGACAUCUUCUCGCUUCGCACCCUCGUUGUAAAGAUCGUCGGUACGAUUGCUGCUGUAUCAUCUUCGCUCCACGUGGGCAAGGCUGAUCCCAUGGUGCACAUUGGUGCAUGCAUUGGGGCUAUGGUCGGACAAGGUGGAUCUCGCAAGUAUCGCAUGACAUGCAGAUGGCUGCGUUACUUCAAGAACGACAGAGACAGGCGUGACCUUGUCACCUGUGGGGCUGCUGCCGGUGUUGCUGCCGCGUUGCGUGCACCGGUCGGUGGUGUUCUAUUUGCCCUGGAGUCGCUGUCUUCAUGGUGGAGAAGUGCACUGAUCUGGAGAGCAUUCUUCGCGACAGCUGUAGUUGCUGUCACGCUCCGUGCACUGACCGACAUCUGCGGAAGAGGAAACUGUGGGUUAUAUUGGAAGGGCGGGCUGAUAACGUAUGAUGUUACAGCAGAUACCGUUGCCUAUCGCCUCGCCGAUCUACCUCCGGUCAUCCUCCUCGGAGUAAUCGGGGGAGUGUUAGGAAGUCUGUACAAUGUUCUUAUGGUGAAGGUUCUUCACGUAUGCAGCCCUGUUAAUGAGAGAGGCCGUGCCCACAGGUUGCUUCUGGCUGCUGCUGUCUCCAUAUGUAUAUCUUGUUGUCUGUUUGGGUUACCAUGGUUGGCACCCUGCAGACCUUGCUCGAACAAGGACUGCUCCACGGUAGCUCAUCCCGGUGGCUUCAAGAACUUCCAGUGCCCUCCCGACCAUUACAACGAUCUAGCCAGUCUAUUCUUCAACACCAACGAUGACACGAUCCGGAAACUGUAUGGCCGUGGCACGAAUGACGACUUCCAGAAGUCCUCCAUCAUGGUCGCAUUUGCCGCCUCCUACGUUCUAGGCAUCCUGAGCUACGGCGUCGUCGCCGCGCCCUUCGGUUUUUUCGUGCCGAUUAUGUUAACCGGUGCAAGCUACGGACGGCUCGUCGGGAUGGCGAUGGGCUCCGACACGAACCUCGACCAUGGUCUCUUCGCCGUCCUCGGUUCGGCUUCCUUCCUCGGCGGAACGAUGAGGAUGACGGUGUCGGUAUGCGUGAUUAUGCUGGAAUUAACCAACGAUCUCUUGUUGCUUCCCCUGGUGAUGCUGGUUCUCCUGAUAUCAAAAACCGUGGCCGACGCCUUCAAUCCCAACAUCUACGACCUGAUCCUGAGACUGAAGGGGCUUCCUCAUCUCGACGACCAUGCGGAACCAUACAUGAGGCAUCUCACCGUUGGCGAUGUGGUGGCAGGUCCUUUACGAACCUUUAAUGGCGUGGAGAAGGUGGGUAACGUGGUCCACAUACUGAAGACGACGGGGCACCACGCGUUCCCCGUGAUAGAUGAGCCGCCGUUCUCUUCUUCUCCGGUGCUGUACGGCCUGGUCCUCCGUGCACACCUGCUGAGUUUGUUGAAGAAGAAGCGGUUUCUGCCGACACGCAGCGUCGCAGGGUUGGAUGCGGCGGGGCAAUUCGGGGCUGAUGAGUUGGGUAAGCGUGGAUCGGGGAAGCACGACCGUGUUGAGGACGUAGAGGUAAGCGCAGAAGAGAUGGAGAUGUUCGUUGAUUUGCAUCCCUUCACAAACUCGUCGCCUUACACGGUGGUGGAGACGAUGUCGCUGGCGAAAGCUCUCAUACUUUUCCGGGAGAUGGGACUGAGACACCUGUUGAUCGUUCCCAAGUCAUCUUCCAGAGCGCCGGUGGCCGGCAUAUUGACAAGGCAUGACUUCAUGGCCGAGCAUAUAUUGGGAUUGCAUCCGUUCCUGAGAAAGAGCAGAUGGAAGAGAUUGCGAUUUCAGGGAGCCACUUUGAGAAGACUUUGCAGGGCUUGUUUGACGUGGGCUUCCUCUUAGCUCGCUCGUAAGAAGAAACGUGCCGAGUACCAGUCAGUCCAUGUCUAUUCCUCUUCGAGCUUGCUUGGCGAACCCAAUGUGAUCCAAUUUAACCGUGUGGUCGGAAUGGAACUUCGACCACGGUCUGCUAUUGGACUAAACCCGGUUCGAUGAGAUUGGGGAUCCAUUACGACCUAACUAAACUCCCAAAAUAUUGAUCCAACUCCUCGUGUAAUAAUAAUAUGACGUGAUGUGGAUCCGAUACGUUAAAUAUGUGCGAUUCGAUCCAAUUAAGUAGUAA